AAUCCGCUUCCGUAAAUGCCCGAAAUUUCCGCCACCAGCCCAGGUUUCCCAUUCCAAGAGAGCAUCCAAUCCUCCGCAUUUGUCACGAAAACCCCAAAUCUCCUAAUACUUUCGCUCCAAAACCCCCCGAUUUUCCGAACACCAGAAAAAUGCUUCUGGUGCUCGGAAAUACCAGAGGAAAAUCGUUUCUCCCAUGACCAUGGAUUCUCCGAAUCCCCCAAACAGAGGCAAGAAAGGCUUCUGCUACUAUUUUAUCCGCUGCAGCUUCACCAUCAUUCUCUCUCUGAUCGUCUCCUCCGCCUUCUCUUUUCUCUGCGGGAUUUUAGCGGUCCUGAUCGGGAAUUUCUUUGUCCCUGGUCCCCCUUCCGUUGCCACGCAGUGCAAGAUCGUCUCCAGCAAUUUCUUGCAGGUGUGGAUCUUAGGUCGUCCAACAUCUGUGAACUUGGGCUGUUAAAUUACAAUGCCAAGCAUGUAUUUUACCCUUUAGAAAGAACAAGAUUUCGAUGCCGUCAUGAUUACUAUUGGGCUUCGGUUUUCGAGGUAGAAUACAAAGAAGAUUAUUUGGGCCAAACACUUCACGCGACGGCAGAGGCUCCAAAGGAGGCCCUUCCUCUUGAUUGCAGACCUGGUUUUGGUACUGCGUGGUUGACAAAACAUAAGUUCAAGGUAAAUGAAACUUAUAACUGCAGGUAUACGCCUGGCAUUUCCAAAGUGGAAAUCUAUCCCGAUAGUCUCUUCAAUUGCAAAGCAAAAGACCCAUCGAUGCUUGAGAUGAUGAGAAGAUUUUUCAUUCUAUUCUUGAAGUCCAUGAACUCCUUUUUCUCCAACACCUCGGACACAUUAAGAGCCAAAAGCAUGUUACAAGGUGCUGUAGCCGGUGUCGUUAGUGGCGUACUGGUUGCCUCAGUCUUUGUUAUCUUAUUGAAACUCCUUAUGGAUUUAAAGCUCAGGCUGGCACGCAAAUGGGGUGCCAGAAGCCUCCGCAUUACAGUCUAUGCAGCACGUUUCAGGCGAGCCUGCAUCAUUGUCGCGUACUUCUCUGCCAUGGGCUGGUUAGCGGUCCAGUAUGGCAAGAUGGUUGGCUUCUCGGACCUUUUCAUCAGCCCCCACCUCGUGAAGAAGACUGCAAAGAGGCUGUUGGGGCAUCUCUCUGCACUGCUGGAUUUUUUUCUCCCAUUCCUGCCCAUUGUGGGACACCAGUUUAUGCUGUGAUUGCAGCAGAGAAAGUGUAAUGCAAGUUGCAUGAGGAAAGACAGGUUAGGUGUUGUUGUUUGGCCUUGUAUUUGGUCUCAUUAUUAAAGGAAAUGUAACAGGAUUUUCGGUAAGAAA